GGGUCAUCAAGAUGGCUGCUACCUCCCAGUUUGCCAGUCGAUACAAAAAGGAUCUGAGUACAGAAACCCUGAGAGCAAAAGUUGCACGCAGAAAAUCAAUGCUUCAAAAGGAGAACAGGCACAAGUUGUUUGAAAAAGGCAGACAGUUUGGAUUGGCAGAUGUCAAUGUUCAGCUCUCAAAACAGAGGGGAAUUUCUCAACUAAAUGAGACAAGUGAAAUGUGCUCUCAAGAGAACAGCAGUGUAAAACAGAAACAAUUUACAGAUGCAGCCACCAAGAAGAUUAAUGAACGCAAGGAAAUGCUCCAGCGCUAUAAAGAAGAAAAGGAACUUCGAAAACUGAGGGAGCAGAGAGAGAAAGCAAAAAAGGGUGUGUUUAAAGUUGGGUUGUAUAGACCAACUGCGCCUGGAUUUCUUUCACUUGUACCUGAAGAUCCAGUGAUAGUAAAGCCAAGAGAGAAGGCAGCUCCUGCUUUCUCCGGGAGGAUUACUCGAUCAAAGGCCAAGAACCAAGAAGAAAAAACUGUGAUACCAACUGCAUCUAAGCACUCUAUGGUCUGUGCCAGUGGGCAUAACGUGCGCCCUACCCAAGCAGGACGUAAACAGAUGAGUACAGACAAAGCCGCUGAAAAAGAGAAAGUGUUGCAGACUGCAGUCCAGACAGCCUCAAACGUAAGAAUCACCAGAGCAGCCUCCUCUGCAGCUAGGCAGAUGCUGAAAACAACAGCUACUGCUGCUACUACUGGUAACCAGUCACAGAGAAAGACAGCAAAUGUAGGAAAGCAGAAGAAAGCAGUCAAGCCUGACAUCAUGGAGGUAAUUCCUUUUAAACACGAAGUGGAUAAAAAUGCUCAGCUGGAUCCAGCGAUGAAAGGUUCUGCAGCUGAUUCUGAAAAUUCAGUGUCAAUACAACUUCAACAGGAACAAACCUCAGCGGAAAACAAAAACAAUUCUGCUCCAGGGAGACCCAGAACACGCUCUUUUGCACCUCAAAACUUUGUAUUUCAGCCAUUAAGUGGAUUAGCAACCUACAAAGUUACACCCAUGACUCCUUCUAAGGCAAAUGCAUUUUUGACACUUGAUGCCUUCUGGGAUUUUUCAAAGUCUCCAGUUAAUAUAAUUGAAAAAUCCAGUGAAACUAAGGCACAAGAGCCUGGCUUAAAAAGUCAAAUUUCACCUGCUGGUAAAGGCAUUCAAGAAGAGCAAACCACUACAAGUUUGAAAGGAGAAAAAGCACAUGAGUCAGAUGAGAAGACUUCCAUUCAGAGACCAAAUGAAACGAGUACUGUCUUUACAGAUACAACAGCACUUGAAACAAAGUCAGAUGAUAUAAGAGAGCAAGAGCAUGAUGUGCCCUAUUUCAGAAAUAUUGUUCGGUCUGAGACAGAGAGGCUGAUGUCUCAGGUCCUCCAGUGGAAUGGAAAAUUUGAGCUGGACAUUCCAGAGGAUGCUAAAGAUCUUAUUCGCACCACAAUUGGUCAGACAAGACUGCUCAUAGCAGAAAGGUUUAAACAAUUUGAAGGACUGGUGGAUAAUUGUGAAUUUAAACGAGGUGAAAAAGAAACAACGUGUACGGACUUAGAAGGAUUUUGGGAUAUGGUUAAUUUUCAGAUCAAAGAUGUGAAUAAAAAAUUUGAUAAUCUGAAGAAGCUUCAAGAUAAUGAGUGGCAACCAUUUGAUGUCCCAAGCAAAGCAACUGUCAAGAAAAAGACUGUUCCAAAUGGAGUGUGUAAACCAAAGCUGGGAGCAGCUGGAAGAACUGCUGCCCGAAACCGACUUGCUGCUGUAAAAGCAGCUAUGAGGGAUAAAAUGAAGCCUGACGGAGCCGCCGAUUGUACACAUCAGGAGAAGCUACCAGAAGUAGAGAAAGUGGUUUUUGAAGCAGGAUUUUUCAGAAUUGAAAGCCCUGUGAAAACCUUUCCAGACUUGCUUUCAAAGACACCUCGCAGAUCUUCGCAGCGGACUUCUGGAAAACUGGCAACUCCAAGAUCAUCCAGUAGAGCUUUGCUUCAGAGCAUUCCUUCUGCUCUUCAUAACCCUGAAGAUACAACUGCAAAACAAACACCGGUGCUCAAAGGCUUCCACCCAGCACAAAAUUUGAAAAUGCACCAGUUUCCCACUGGAAAAACUCCCCCACUGGAAAAACUCCCUGGUGGUUUUCUUGAACAGAGCAUUUCUGUAGUUGCAGAAGAACACUGUCCUGUUGCUGGCACAGCAGAGGGAACUAAGGUGCUGGAAAAUUCAAGCAGUGAAUUAAAAGUAAUGGAUGGCAUGGAAGAGAUGGAACUAUCUGCUGCAGAACAACAAGCACAAGAUAUUGUCAUGUGCAGUCCAGAGAAGGAUAGUGGCACAGCAAGUAACUUUGCCCAGUCUGUAGAACCAAAAAUACAUCAAACAGAUGUUUCAUGUAGCGAUUUGACAACCAUUGACAGAAAUCCUUUUGAUAUGCCAACGCUGGAUGCUGAGCUUCCCUUCACUCCAGUCAGGAACAAAGCCCAGAAGUUUGCAGCAGCUGCAGCACUCGGUGAUCUUAUUGUAUUUUCUCCUCUUUCUCCCUCUGGGGAAAAAUGA